AUGCUGCGUUCAUUGUCAUUCAAACGUACUCCCUUGCUAACAAGCAUUCGCUCUAGAUGCCGGGCGCUCUCAACCCAACCCGCCUCUUCGUUAGGCUGUCUCCCGACGACGGACUCACCAGUCGUGUCGAAGCUUGCGUUCUUCAAUUCUGUGACUGGUGACGGUAGCAAGAUACCAAGUUAUAGAGUUCUUGAUGGGCUUGGUAUUCCAAUAGAAGGCGCUGAAGUGCCCGAGGCAUGUAUCAGUGAACAGUUCGCGCGGCGAUUAUAUGAAAACAUGCAGUUGCUUCCGACGCUGGAUAAUAUACUUUACAAUGUCCAACGCCAGGGCAAAAUAUCCUUCUAUAUGACUUCUUAUGGAGAAGAGGCUGCUGUGGUUGGUUCUGCUGCUGCACUGGCUGACGACGAUGAAGUAUUAGGUCGGACGAAUGUCUUCAUUGCUUAUGGUUUUGCUAACUCCACUGCAGCACAGUACCGUGAAGUUGGGGUGCUCUUGUGGCGUGGCUUCACUCUUGACCGUGUCAUGGCACAAUGUUUCGGAAACCACGAAGAUGUUGGCAAAGGCCGCCAGAUGCCUGUACAUUUCGGCUCCAAACAGCAUCAUUUUCAUCCGAUAUCAUCUCCACUCGCAACCCAAAUACCACAAGCUGCUGGGGUUGGCUAUGCACUGAAACGUGACCCAGCGAGACGUUCCAAAAAUGUAGCCGCCGUAUAUUUCGGGGAAGGGGCAGCGUCCGAGGGGGACUUCCAUGCUGGAAUGCUCCUUGCUUCCACGCUGCCUUCACCAACAUUAUUCCUUGCACGAAACAAUGGUUUCGCUAUCAGCACCCCAAGCUCACAACAAUUUUAUGGCGAUUCUCUGAGUGCCAGAGGCCCAGGUUAUGGUGUCGAUACCGUUCGUGUUGACGGAAAUGACGUACUCGCAGUAUUGAGCGCUGUCAAGGAGGGGCGAAGGCGGUGCUUAGAAGGCGGCCGAGCAGUCCUGGUCGAGAUAAUGACUUAUAGAGUUGGCCACCACUCGACGUCAGACGACUCGUUUGCCUAUAGGGGCCGCCAGGAAGUCGAGAACAGAAAGAAGAUUGACAACCCCAUCACGCGUUUCCGCCUAUUCAUGGAAUCCCGGGGAUGGUGGAACGAGACAGAAGAGGAAGAGCUCAAGUCCCGUUUGAAACAGGAUGUGCUCACGGCGUUCAAGCGCGCGGAGAAUCUCAAGAAACCUGACUUGAAAGAGUUGUUCACUGAUGUAUACACGGACGAGCCUUGGAAUAUAAGGGAACAGCGGGAGGAGUUGGUGGGGUUGAUUGAGAAAUAUGGACAAGUGUGGGAGCCAUGGCGAAAUGAUCUCAAGAACUUCAAGGAUGAAGGGAAGAAGCUGUCGGAUUGACGAUUCCCUCGAUACCCAUUCACAAGCGUCAUGCGAUUAAUCAAUGCAUAAGUAUUCCAAGUCAAUUAUUUCUCGUAAACUCACCAUAUACGGAACUGUUUAUACAUUGUAAUUUCUGUUGAAUGAAAUACUGUGUUGGACCUGGCACACAUUC